AUGAAGCUGCUGGAUUUGCCUGCAGAGCUCAUCCUGUGCUGUCUAGACUGUUUGACCACGCGAGAGCUUAUCGCGACUUCUCUGAUCAGUUCAUUUUUUGCCCAGGCCGCAGCGGCGAUUGUACGCGCACGCUUUCUGCUACUCAUCGACACCUGCGACGACUUCUCCGACGAAUUGACUUUUCAAGCCGCUCUUCCAUGGGAGGCUUCACGCACAAGGCGAGAUGGCCGAGGCUUAUCGUUUCAAACGCUCCAGCCAGGCACCUCGCCAGGCAACCAGCACGCUUAUUUUUCUAUCAAUGAUCCGGUAGUACUCUAUCUGAGCGAUCUCGACGCCGAUGUGGGCCUUCAAUUCACUUCGAUCUUGUUCUCAGUCCGGUGGAGAAAUGCGAAAAGUUUUGCCGAUGGCCUCGAGCGUAUCUUCCGUCAGCUCUGGCCGGUCAGAGCGACCGAAGAGGACGCUGUGCUCGAUCGAGAUUCUUCGGUCGCUUCAUCCGCUAGCUCGGACUGGUCGGCAAAGCAUGACGAUACGCCGAGCACAUCGCUCGGAUCCAAGGACUCAAUCUCGAUCUGCACUCGAGACAGUCAUUCAGAUUCGCCUGAGGCGUCAGCGAUGCACAUGCUGGACAUAGAAGGCCCCCUCGCAUCCGUCUCCUACUCAAUCAGGAUGGACCGCCCGUUCACCGUGGUGUUUGAUUCUGUCAAGCUCAAUAUCGCGCGACUGAUCGUUGAAAGCGAAGACGAAGAGGAGCGCAAACAGAGUCGAUCGGUAGCUCUGGUGUGCUUUAGACAUGCCUGA